AAAACAGCAGUUUCAUCGAAAUGACAGAGGGCAUCGAAAACGCUGAUAGCAUACAGGAAGACGUUGUCACAGACAUAACUAUGAACAAUUAGCGUAAUCGUGAAUUGAAAUAACCCAAUAGAGUCUUACGGAAAUUGCCCGCAGCUAGUUUUGGAUGAUGACGAGAAACAACAACAACAACAACAUCAUUUGGGAUUCAAUGUGUUGAUCACGAGAAAGCUUUCCAGUUACAUUUAUGUGGCUAUGGUCGUAGUUGCCUAAGUUUAAUACUACCCAGGGCGGUUCAUAUUUCAGGGGUCUUCGUAUUGUAUGCGCUGCUAGAACAAGGAAUGGACAAUGAGUGGCCUGACGGAGCAGCAAAAACUAAGGAUAGAGGAGAACAAAAAGAAGGCAUUGGCCAGACUAGCAGAGAGACGUGGCAACAUGGGGAUGCAAGCAACUUCAGCAGUACAAGUUCAACGCCACCUACAGGGUCAGGACAGGGGGAAGGGAGACAACUGUGGAGGUUCCAGACAGAUGAGUGCUGGGUCUGGAUUGUGGUUGAAUAAGGCCAGUGUUGGUAAAGACUGUUCUCAGUCGAGGGUUGACACAACACCUCUGGCUCAGGCUGGCUCCAAUAUGACAUCCAAAUUGUCAUCAUGCACAAAAACUUCAGAAAAGAAUCAGGGCCUGGGGAAUGGUUCUGAGAAAACGGUACCUGAGAAGACAUCAGGAUCAAGUGUGUCUUUAUCGUGUGCAGGGACGAGCGGAAAUGUUGUAAGACCUGCUCCAGCUGUUGCAAAGUCUGCCACUUUUUACGGGACUGUCUCGAAGACGGGACAAAAUGCACAAAAUCGAUCAAGUUUGACGGCGACAGUGCCAAAGCCUGGUAACUUUGGUGUAACAAAGAGUUAUGCUUCAACAGGAGCGAGUCAUGUGAACAGUCGACACAGUGCCAUGAACACUCUGGCUUAUGUGACAGGAAAACCAAACCUGUUCAAUUCUAUCAAGGGCAAAUGUGUUCUUUGUUCACGUGAACAUUUUAAGGUCGAGGUUGGAUUUCACACAGCCAUGGUGGAAGUGUUUAAGACUAUGAAAACAAGGCAGUAUGAUGUGGCAACCAGGCUGUGGUCCUUUAAGCUAGAAGAACAUGAUGCACUAAUGCAGCAGUUACGAGGACUGCGCCCAGAUGUGCACAUCGAGCCCCUACCUACUGCCGUGAGAACGAUAUUCAAGGCACAGUUUGCUGGAAAGUAUCCAUCAAAUCAAAUCCCAGAGGCUGACCUUGCUGUGGUGGAUCCAGUGUUACAACACUCGCUCAUGCCUUUCCAGAGGACAGGUGUUAGUUUUGGUGUAUGGAAGAAGGGCCGUGUGUUGAUAGCAGAUGACAUGGGCUUAGGGAAAACAAUACAGGCUAUCUGUCUGGCCUCUUACUACAGACACGAGUGGCCACUCUUAGUGGUUGUCCCCUCAUCUGUUAGAUUUGACUGGGCUGAGCAACUGAGACGCUGGGUUCCAAGCCUCGAUCCACAGUCCAUUGUUGUGAUAACAACUACAAAGGAUGUGUUUUCCUCAGCACGUGUAGUUGUCAUCAGUUAUGAUUUAAUGGCUCGCAAAGCACAGGAACUCAAACAGAAGCACUUUGAGGUCAUCAUUAUGGAUGAAUCACAUUUGCUGAAAAACAUCAAGACAGCCAGAACUAAGGCAGCUAUGCCCUUACUGCAGGCUGCCCGUAGAGUGAUCCUGCUGACAGGCACCCCCGCCCUCUCCCGCCCCAGCGAGCUCUACACCCAGAUUGUGGCCGUCUGUCCAGGCUUGAUGAAGUUCCAUGAGUUCGGUGUCCGCUACUGCGAUGGCAAGGAGUUACCCUGGGGUUGGGAUUUCUCUGGCUGUUCCAACAUGGGAGAGUUACAGUUGUUGCUGGAGGAGAAAUUGAUGAUCAGACGAUUGAAGAAAGAAGUCCUGUCUCAGCUGCCUUCAAAGCUGCGCAAAAUGGUCCUGUUGGAUCCCUCUUCUAUCAAAAUAUCGAAGGAAAUGAAAAGAACGUCAACCACAGAGAACUUUGAGAAGCUAAAGGGAAUGAAGGGAAGAAAAAUGCUGCUGGAAUAUUUCCAUGAUACAGCUCAGGCUAAAGUGGACGCUGUCAGAGGUUAUGUUUUGGAUUUGUUGGAGAGUGGUCAGAAAUUUCUGUUGUUUGGUCAUCAUCAGGAGUUAUUGGAUGCCUUAGAAACUGCCCUUGACAACAAGGAAAGUGGCUGUUUUAUCAGGAUCGAUGGUCGUACACCUUCAGAGCAGAGGAAGUCUCAAUGUGACAGAUUUCAGACCAAUGACAGCGUGCGCGUGGCAUUGCUGUCAAUCACAGCCGCCAACGCAGGCCUCAACCUGACGUCCGCCUCUCUAGUCGUGUUUGCUGAACUGUUCUGGAACCCUGGGAUUCUUGUUCAAGCAGAAGAUCGUGUCCACCGUAUUGGUCAGAAAGACUCUGUCAACGUUCAUUACCUAGUCGCACCUGGAACAGCUGAUGACCAUAUAUGGCCGCUUGUACAGAACAAGCUGAGUGUACUGAGUAAGGUGGGUUUGUCCAAGGAAGACUUCUCUGAGGCUGACACAUGUCAUCAACAGAAUUCUAAACAGGAAGAUUUGAGGAAGUUUUUUGAGGAAUCUUUCUUUGAAGACUCCAGCGCCACAGAUGAACAAGGGGAGAUAACUGGAGAUGUUGUGUGUUCAAGUCCUAAAAAAGAGUCAAGUCCAGCCGACAAGUAUCCAAAAAAGAGCCCGACCAAACAGUCAAAGAUCGGUCAGUUUUUCAAGCGGCAAACAGGUGUUGCCAUUGGCAACCAGAGUGACAUUAAGUUUGACCAACCAGAUGCGUCAGAUGAGAUUGAGGAUGAUUGUGAUUGGCUGGAUGAUAUCGUUGAGUGGGAAGAAUCUAAUGGACAACCACAGGCCAAGAAAUUAAAACUGUGACGAGAGAAAGAAGGAACUGUGGCAUUAAAAACAUUCAUGUUAUGUCUGUAUAGAUGUAUAUGCAUGUAUAAACUUAAGUGCUAUUUUUUUUUUCGAGUUAUGUGAAUUUUAUAAUUCAUUUUGAUAUUUCAUAUACAAACUUU